GGGAAGGAGGGAAUGGACCAAAAUUUAAUGAGAAGUGUAAGAGUGUAACUUUAUUAUGAUUUAGGGCGAUAAAUUAAAAAAUUUAGGGCGACGAAUAGCAAUUCCCUAUGUUUUCUCUCUCGUUGCUCAAUCAUUGAAUUUCACCUACCAGCACGAGUUCUAAAAAGAGACGGGAAGGUAUAAGUGAACCCCCCGCAACGGAGAAAUUGGAGCCACUGUGAUUGGUUCAAAAAAGGACCUCUCCUCUCAGAAGCCUCCCCUCGCCACGCAGUCGAACCGAGAGAGGAGAGAGCCACUCCGUUCCUUCCUCACCACAGCCAUGCCGGAACUCACGAAGCUCUACUCGAUGCAGGAAGCUUCUGAGCACACCUCGAAGGAAGAUUGUUGGAUCGUCAUUGAUGGAAAGGUCUAUGAUGUGAGUUCGUACUUAGAUGAUCACCCAGGAGGAGAUGAAGUCAUCCUUCAAGCAACAGGGAAAGAUGCGACAGAUGAUUUUGAAGACGUGGGGCACAGCCAAGAUGCGAGGGACCAGCUGAAAACCUUCUGCAUUGGGGAGCUAGACACAUCGACUGCACCGCCAGCCAUCCCAGAGCUCAAAAUUGUAUCCAAAGGCCAGACUUCAUCAGACACCGUGAAGAAGCUCAAGGACUUGAUGAAACAGUACUGGGUUGCACCUGUAGCAGUAGUUGGCAUCUCUAUUGUGGUUGGCGGCAUCUUGUACUUGCGUAAGAAUUAGAGAGGGGAAUUCAAGCUUAUCCAUCAAAUAUCAUGUCCCUAUCACUUUCUUAGAUUGUUACCGCAACAAAAAAUUUGGAAUAGUACCGCACAAUGAUUAUUUGGAAAGUGGCUCAUCCUAACCAUUUCCUGCAGUUUUACAUUGUUUUUUACACGAUUCUCCCGCAAGUGAGUCAUAUGAAUGAGUGAUAUGAGGAGCUUUAACAAUGGUUCUGAUGGAUCGUAUGAUAUCUGUUUACCGAAUCUCUUGUAUUUGCAAGGUAUAGA